AUGAAAAGUUCUGUUCCUUGUUGGCAGUUGCUCGUCGCUGCUAUAUUAUUGACUCUGAUAGGCAGAAGUACAAGUGAUAAUUACCGCCUUAGUAGAAGUGUAUUGCCAUCUUUCUACAACUUAACCAUUAACAUCCAAGCAGAAAGGUAUGCAACAUUGGGCUCCUCAUUUAUCGGCGAAGUCGCGAUUACUUUACAGACUAAUCAAAGUGACACUUAUGAAAUAACACUUCAUAAGGAGUCUCUUGACAUAUCGAGUUGUUUAGUGUAUAAUAAGGAUGGUGCCUUACAGCAAAACGUAACAAUUACUUCACAAAAAUAUAAUCGGACAACACAACAGUUAACAGUGCCUCUGUUAGAGGCAUUGACUGUGAAUGAGAACUAUAUUCUGUAUUUCAAAUACACUGGCUAUGUUAGAACAGAUGAGACAGGUUUGUUUUUACAAUCUUACGAAACCAACAAAUAUCACAAAGUUUACAUAACACAACUGGAGCCUGUGUAUGCGCGAGUCGUAUUUCCUUGCUUCGAUGAACCUACAUUUAAGGCAAAGUUCCAACUUCAUCUUGCUCGACCAAGUGAAUUUAAUGCCGCAAGUAACACCAGAUUGAUAAGAACAACAAAAGAAGGAAAUUACAAUGUGGAUCAUUUUGAUGUUACACCAAUUAUGUCUACAUAUCUAUUGGCCUUUGUAAUAUCCGAGUACCAAGCUCGAGGCAAUCUCAGUGAAUUUGCCAUUUUAUCUGCGCCUGAAUAUUAUAAUUACACAGAGUUCAGUUUCAAUGUUGGAGAAUGCGUGAUAGCUGCCUACAACGAACUGUUUCAGAUGCCUUAUAAACAACUGGGAAAUAAAGUCCUGCAAUUUGCAACUAAGCCUUGGUCCUUCGACAAUGCCAUGGAGAAUUGGGGCCUUAUUAUUUUUAGUGAAGAAAUGCUGAUCCAUAGACCUGGCUACACUGACGGUCUCAAAAACAAGGAGUUUACAAUUCGAAUGAUUGCACAUGAAAUAGCUCAUAUGUGGUUUGGAAAUAGUGUUACCUUAUCCUGGUGGAGUCAUUUCUGGUUAAAUGAAGGCUUUGCGCGAUUUUACGAGAUCUUUAUGACCGAUCAGAUCUACAACUAUAAAUAUCGCAUGGAAGAACAGUUUGUUGUAGAUUAUCUUCAGAAAAUCCUUGAAAAGGAUGCAGUGGCUAUUUCUUUGCCCUUAACUAGUCCCGAAAUAACCAUACAAUCUUUUGAUGAAAUCGACACGCAGGCCAACUUCUUUGCAUAUGAAAAGGGUGCCAGCAUCAUUCGAAUGUGGCGAAAUUUAAUGGGAAGCGACAACUUCAACAAAUCUAUCAACAGUUACCUGAAGCAAUAUCAUUUUAAAAACACAAAUCCCAACGAUGUGUUCGCUCAUCUCAAGCAAAAUUGGCCAUCUCAGCCUGAAGUUGAUUUGGAUACGUUCUUUUCAGACUUCACGGAGCAGGUGGGCUACCCAAUGCUCAUUGUGAACAUCACCCAGGAUAACCAAAAAAUAAUCUUACACCAAAAACGUUUUCUAUAUGAUUAUGAAGACGGUAGUGAUGCCACUUUACGUUAUACCAUUCCAAUUACCUUCACAACCAAUCUGGAUCAAAGCUAUUAUAAUCUGACACCUUAUACGUACUUCUAUAAGAAUGAGACUACAGUUGAAAUUUCUUUUGAAAAUCCCAUUGAAUGGAUUAUCUUAAACCAAAAGCAAUCCAACUACUAUCGAGUUUUUUACGAUCAACCAAUUCUCACCCAAAUUAAACAAUUAUUUUCCACAUCUAGAAGCCGACGUGUCCCAGCUACGACUAAGGCACAAAUCAUUGAUGAUCUCUUUAACUUUGCAUACGCUGGAAUGAUCGAUUAUGCAGAUGUCUUCGAAUACUUAGAAUAUUUGAGAUACGAAUUCAAUUAUGUUCCCUGGAACGCAGCCUACCGUGGUAUGAAGAGAGUAGUUCAGCGAUUAACACCACAACAGCUGCCUUAUUUUGAGAAAUACCUUUCAAAUAUUACAACUGGGAUUUUUAAUGAACUAUCAGCAAAAUCAAGCAGCUCUGAUAGCGUGAUGGAUGUCUAUAAUCGAGUCUUGCAUGUAUCAUGGCUGUGUAAAUACCAGAAUACCAAUUGUAAUAAGCAAGUGGAACUUCUUUUUCUGGGAAAUCUUGAAAAGCCAUCCCCAGACUAUCGAAAGACAUUUUACUGUGCAGUUUCACGAACGGAUGCUCAUGCUCGCCUGUGGGAGUUAUAUAAUAAUGAGAUCGAUUCUGAUGAUAAGAAUCUAAUAUUGCGAUCUAUUAGCUGUUCAAGGGACUAUAGAACAUAUAUCAAACUCGAAUUAUUCCAUUUAAUACCUUAUUCCAAACAACCAAAAUACUUGAAAGAGAUCUAUCAACAAAAUCCAGAUUUAAUUGAUCCCAUAUUUUCUAUGAUAAGUGAGAACAUCGAUGCGUUUGUUGCCAGAUUGGGCAAGUAUGAGAUGAUCGAAGUCCUAAGUGAUAUGGUUGAUUACUUUACGACGCGGGAGCAAGAAGAGCAGUUCACAAUCUUUAUGGACAGAAAUAUUCACAGAUUUGGUGAAUCGGCACUAACUCAAAAAAAUAGGUUUUUGACAACAAUACGAAAAAAUCUGGAAUGGGCAGAGCAGAGAUUGGGCAAUAAAAGUCACAACGACUUGCGUAUUGAGAGCGCAAUCACCGAUCGAACUCUCAAAAUCUACUUUAAGUACUCAGGGAAAGUAAAAUCUGAUACAUUAGGUCUAUUUUCAAAGGAAAUAUGGAACGCUGGGAACUCUAGUACCAGAGCUCACAAAGAGUUUUUAUUUUUAACACAAUUCGAAUUAAAAGAUGCCCGAUUUGUAUUUCCCUGUUUUGAUGAACCAGCAUUUAAGGCAAAGUUUCAGCUUCACAUUGGACGACCAAGUGGCUAUUAUGCCGUCAGCAACACAAGAUUGAUGGAAACAACAAAUGAGGGCAAAAAUUACUUUGUGGAUCACUUUGAAGUAACUCCCAUCAUGUCCACAUAUCUAGUCGCCUUUCUAAUAUCAAACUAUCAGGCUCGAGGCAAUAUUAGCGACUUUGCUGUCUUAUCAUUGCCGGAACAUUACAAUAAGACAGAGUUCAGUUACAAUGUUGGAAAACGCGUAGUGAUGGCAUUCAAUGAACUAUUCCCCAUAUCAUAUAAACAAUUGGGAAAUGACGUUCUACUUUUUGCGAGUGUACCUUCGUUUGAUAUCGUCGGCAUGGAGAAUUGGGGCCUCAUAUUUUACAGCGAAGAACUACUGGUGCAAAAACCCGGGUACACUGACGGUUUUGUGCACAAAGAGUUUACAUGCCGAAUGAUUGCACAUGAGAUGGCCCACAUGUGGUUUGGAAACAGUGUAUCCUUAUCCUGGUGGAGUCAUUUCUGGUUAAAUGCAGGAUUUGCCCGUUUGUAUGAGAUCCUCGUUACACAUCAGCUCUACCCAGAAUAUCAUUUGGAUCAACAGUUUGUUAUACAUCUUCAGACGAUAUUUGAUGAAGACGCUAUGAAUAGUUCCCAACCAUUAAGUAGUUCCGAAUCGAGCAUACAAACAGAAUCUGAAUUUGAAGAACUUUUUGGAAGUUUUUCAUAUGAAAAGGGUGCUAGCAUUAUUCGAAUGUGGCGAAGCGCAAUGGGAGCCGUCAACUUUGAUAACUCAAUUAAUAGUUACCUGAAGCAAUAUCAUUUAAAAAACACAAAUCCCAGCGAUUUGUUCGCUCAUCUCAAGCAAAACUGGCCAGCUCAACCUGAAGUUGCUUUGGAUACGUUCUUUUCCGACUUCACGGAGCAGGUGGGCUACCCAAUGGUCAUUGUAAACAUCACCCAGGAUAACCAAAAAAUUAUUCUACGCCAAAAACGUUUUUUGUAUAAUUAUGAAGACGGUAGUGAUGCCACUUUACGUUAUACCAUUCCAAUUACGUUCGCCACGAAUGUGAAAAACACAUUUUAUAAUCUGACACCUUACAUGUACUUCGAUAAGAAUAAGACUACGGUUGAGAUAUUUUUCAAGGAACCCAUUGAAUGGAUAAGCUUGAACCUUAAGCAAACUAGUUACUAUCGAGUGCUCUACGAUAAACCAAUUCUUGCCCAACUUAAACUGGCCCUCUCCAAGAACGGACACAGUUCAAUUCCAGUUGAAAAUCGCGCACAGAUUAUUGACGAUCUCUUCAGCUUUGCUCUCGCUGGAAUGAUCGAUUACGUGGAUGUGUUUGAAUUUUUAGAGUAUUUGAAAAACGAAUUCGAUUAUGUUCCAUGGUAUGCUGCCUACAGAGGAUUGCUGGGGGUAUCGCAACGAUUAACCCCACAUCAAUUGCCCUAUUUCGCGAAAUAUCUUAAUAAUAUUACAUCCGCGGUCUUCGCUAAGCUAACUGUCAAAUCGAAUAGCGACGAUACAGUAAUGGAUGUGUAUAAUCGACAAUUGCAAGUGUCUCUCCUUUGCAAAUACCAAAAUACCGAAUGCAAUAACCAAGUAAAACUUCAUUUUGAAGCGCAUCUCGAGAAGCCUUCCCCAGAUUAUCGUGAAACCUUUUACUGUGCAGCAGCACGCACGACAGGUUACGCCCGAAUCCUCGAUCUAUAUACUAAUGAAAGUGACUUGGAGGAGAAACAUAUGCUAUGGCGGGCCUUAAGUUGUACGAGAGAUUAUCGUGCACAUUACAAUAACAUGGUAUUUAACAGCAAGAUUGUUGAGAAUAAGACCGACGGCGUGACACAGAUGUAUGAGGAGAAUCCCGAUUUAAUUACACCCAUUUUAUCCAUGUUAGCAGAGAACAUUACGAAGUGGAGCAAUUUUUUGGGCGAUUCGUGGGAAACUGUAGUAAUGUUGAAUAAAAUGUCUGAGUCCUUCACAACCGUGGAGCAGGCAAAUAUAUUCGCCGAAUUGAUCGAUAAAAAUUCGGAAUUCUUUGGUACAGACAUUGAAGUGCUUGAAUCCGCUCUGGAAAGAGUAAAAACGAACCUAGAGUGGGCAAAGCAGCGAUUGAGCAAUCUAAACAACUAUCUGAGGAGAAGAUGAAGAACGAAGUAGAGCUGUCAAAUUCAAGAUAUAAUUAAUAAUUUUAGCUAUAAAGCCGAUCGAUUUGAGUCAAAUUAAAUACACAUUUUGCAUAAGCUCAUUAUGCGUUCACAAAUUGUUUACUUUAAAACCGGUUUCAGAAUGCUUCAAGACUGCAAAUCAAAUUUAACAACGACGCUUGUUGAUAUGAUACUGAGAACUGGAAAUAUUAAACGUCAUUGCUCGGUUAGUUAGAAUCAGAAAAUAAAUCAUUUUUACAUAAUGAGUCA